UGCAUACAUACCUGGACCCCGCCCUAUUCUGCUCCGUGUAUAAAUAGGUGUUUAACUGUGGCCGGUCACCGAGGUCUCUACCAUCCACUGCCAUCGUCUCAAGGCCGCCAUACCGUCCAUCUACAAGCAUGUCCUACCAAAUAAGCAGAGUGAACCUUCCGGCAACUUACAGGAUUCCUAAUGGACUCCAUGUAGGGAAGCAGAUUAUCAUACGAGGCAGAGUCACCUGGGGCACAGAUGUAUUCGCCAUCAACUUACAGCAAGAGGAGAACCCUACCGACGGGGAAAUCGCUUUCCACUUCAACCCCCGUCCCAGUGCCAGUACGUGUGUGCGCAACUCGUUCGCCGGAGACUGGAUGGAGGAGGAGACUGACCAGCCCCACUUCCCGUUCGACGAUGGGAUGUCCUUCCUCCUCCGUAUCGAGGUCGCUGAAGACGGAUUCCGGACUUACGUUCACGGCAAACCUUACAUCAACUUUGCACACCGGCUGGACUACGGCAACGUGCAUUACCUACACCUGACCACAGGGGUGGAGUACUAUGAUAUCACCUUUCAAGAGAGAUACACACUGCCAUACCGCACUGAGAUUCCCGGUAGUAUGAAUGUUGGGAAGGCCGUCCGUGUCCGAGGAGCUGCCCAGGACAACGAUGGGUUUAGCAUCAACUUCGGCUGUGAUUGCGAGAAUAAUUCGACGGCCUUCCACUUCAAUCCGCGUCCCACAGAGGGCGUGGUCAUCCGGAACGCCAACCUUGGAGGCUGGGGAGAUGAGGAGAGAGACUAUGAAGCUGAGUUCCCCUUUACACCCAUGAACUACUUUGACGCCAUGUUUGUCUGUACAGAUGACCAAUAUGUUGUCCAUGUAAAUGACAAGUACUUCACUAAUUUUGGCCACCGCUGUGGAGUUCCAGACGCCAGUCAUUUCCACAUUCAAGGCAACAUGGACAUCAAGGACGUCGAGUACUACGAACCCUUGGACGACGACUUUGUGAAGGAGAUUCCAUGUGGUCUUGAGAAAGGAGACGUCGUCUUCUUUAAGGGGUUUAUGAGGCCAGGAGGUGAUACUUUCUCCGUCAACCUAAUGAAUGGACCUUCUGCCGACGAUGACAUCGCCUUUCACUUCAACCCUCGAGUGGGAGAGGGAGCGCUGGUGAUGAACUGCCGGAUGGGUGACUGGGGCGAGGAGGAAAGGGAAGACCUUCCUUCCUGUUUCACAAACAAUGAACCAUUCGAGAUCAAAGUCGUAACAAAGAGCAGGAAAUUCAAGCUUUACGUGAACGGUAAAAAGGUUGCCAAAUUUGACGCCAGAGGACAAGUAGGCGACAUCAAGGGAAUCAACGUCAGAGGUGAUGCCUUUAUAUACCAGGCCAAGCUUCAGAGGAAAAUGGAAAAGCCAGUAGCCAUUGAGAGAAUUCCGGGUGGUUUCCGUGAAGGAGGAUGGGUUGUAAUCCAAGGAAUUCCAAAGAAAGGAUCCGGAGGAUUUGCAGUAAACUUGACAUGCGGUGAUGAUGACGCUGAUGACAUUGCCAUGCACUUUAACCCCCGAUUGGAAGAGAACUGUACCAUUCGAAACACGUGUACAGGAGGUGAUUGGCAGGGGGAAGAAAGGGACCAACCAAGCUUCCCUUUCGAACUCAAGGACACAUUUGAAAUCGCCAUCAAUGCUCAACCAGACAAAUUUGUUACAUUCGUCAAUGGUCAGAGGUACGUGGAAUAUGCCCAUCGCCUCCCGUUGGACAGCGUGUGCCACUUAAAGCUAACAGGAGAUGCUGACUUCUUUGAACCAGAGUUCUUCUAAAACCAUCCAGACAGUCCUGCGGAAACAGCACCAGAAAAAAUAGAGCAAGAAGGGAGUAGACACACUAGUGAAACAGACUUUUCAAUACAUUCAUGCCUCUGAAAAGAUAGUAUGCUGCAAUUAUUGCAUGGACAUAUGACUAUAGAUGGACACCGUUCUAGACAGAAGGAAUUAAAUAACAGUGUAUUAUAUAUUAUGUAACAGCUAUGGUGUAUCUUUAAAUAUAUCAAUAUGCAUGUAUGAAGGAUAACAUGUAUGCGCUUUAUUUUACCGACGCAAUCAAUGAGAGCUUAGCACAAUCUGUCCGAAAAAAGGUACUUAAUGUCGUUAUAUCUGUGAUUUAUAAUGUUAAAUAAACUAUUUUAUAUGAC